AUGCCCGCACGAGAGAAGGCCAUUGUUCUCAUCGACGGGCCAGCCUUGGUUCACCGGUGGUACCACAGAUGGAGCUACACAACUGAGAGGUACGGCACGCCUAUCGAUGUGAAGCAGUUUGCCAUCAAGAACGCUCGCUUCAUGAUCGCAACGGCCCAUAGCUUUGAUCCGGCACACAUGGCGCAACAUCUCCUAUCUCCGCAGACAGAAUACGCGCACACACUGAAGCACAACCGAAUCAUCGUCUGCUUUGACCAUGGCGACGGAGGCCGGCGCCAGAUCUACGCCGACUACAAGGCGAAUAGGUUGGAGAAGACCGUCACACCUGAGUUCCGGUUAAUCGAGAGGGUGGCGAAGAAGGUGUUCGCUGACGAGCCGCGAGAGUCGCUUCUUGUAGUCCCAGACUGCGACGCGGGACUGGCGAACCUCAACGCGGAGGCCGACGACAUGAUCGCCACCCUUGCUUUCUUCAACCAGCAGAGCAGAAGGCCCACGGUGGUUAUGUCGCACGACUACGACCUGUACCAGCUUGUUGACGAGGCGAAGAAGAGCUACCACUACGACAUCCGCACAAAGCAUCUCGUAUCGGAGAGGGGCGUAAUCGAACGCAUUGGCGUGCCCCCAAAACUGGUGCGCGACUUCAAGUCAUUGGCAGGUGAUUCUUCGGACAACAUUCCCGGCGUAAAUGGUAUCGGCAAAGUGCGCGCGCGAAACCUGUUGAAGAAGUACGGGGACUUGGAUGGUAUCCUUUUCCAAGGCGUCAAGAAGGAGACCGGUCACCUUGGCGAGCUACUCAACGAGGGAGCCAAGAUGGCGUUGAUUUCGCGUCAGCUGGUAGACUUCCGCAUGUGCCCUAAGGUGAUCAAAGUGUGCGAGUCGUUUAUGAGAAAGUGA